AUGGGAUUGAAAUUUCUGAGAAAGGUUGAACAUAACGAAGAUCCAUAUCUAGUUUUCCAACUAAAUAAUCUCACAAUGUCGGCCAUUAUCAGCAAGGCAAGUAAAGUUGUCGACUCGUUUGUUGGCAAAGUCACUCAAGCUACCAACUCUACCGUUUACUGGGGAAAGGUUGGUGCCGAACUCGGCAAGACAAUCUACAAGAGUGAAGGUUUAGCUCCGCCAUCUGCUCAGCAAUUCCAACUGGUUUAUGAGAACGCAUUUAAGUUUAUCAAAUCUCCACAGCAACAGAGAGAACUCCUCCAGAAAGCCGCUAAGAUUAGACCCACAAAGGAAAGUGCAGCUAAAGCAGGGGUCUAUGGUAUUCAAUUAUUAGCAUUUUUCUCCGUAGGUGAAAUAAUUGGCAGGAGACAUAUCUUUGGGUAUCCAUCACUUGGUCAUGAACAUUGA